CACGGCGUACAUUCGCGUUCAAACUAGUCGCACGCGCGCACACUACGUCGAUGUUACAGAAUUUCGCAUCCCACCGCACCGCACCGCACCGAUCAAACGUUCUGCGGAACGAUAGAACACCGUAACGGAGGAAGUACGUUUUAAACCGCGGUUGUUGCUCCUCGCGCACCUGCUAAACCAGGUAACGCCGGUAGCCAGCACCGGUCCGCGGCCCGUCGUCCGUUUUACGUUUUCUCGCAACCGUGUUCGUACGAUGAUGCUUCGUCGCCGAUCAUCAUUAUUUUGCCGUCAACCGUCGCCGUUCGAUUGCACCGAAAACGACGUUUCCGGUCAGUAGAACCAUCGUGCACGAAAACGACAGCAGUAAUCGUGUCCGCGGCCCAUAUUUUAAAUCGCUAUUAUACGCACGCGUAUACGUUCACGUCGUACGAGUUCCGCGGUUAUUCGUAUCCGCACCGAAGUUGUCAACGAACACCAGCGGCACCCAUCAACGGCACCAGUAGCUGCGUUCAUAGUGGAUCGGAUGUGAAUAUUCGUAUUCAAAAUUGGCCGCGUCAAGCAGAACCCCGUCCGUGUAGCAGCCACCGGCGAGAUCAACUCGUUGGACUUGCACAAGGAUAUGCUGAAUAGUGAAUCAUCUUCUGACUUGGACCAACAACGCAACGAACCAACUACCACGGAACAAGUGAAAAUGGCUGCUACCGAAGCUGGCAGUCCAAGACGGCUAGGCUUAAAUCUGAAUCUUAGCGUACAACCCCACGUUGCCGCUUAUCAUUGGCCACAUUCGACAGUGGCCGACGAUACGUCACCGUCCAGGUCAAAGGGCACGGACGACGACGAUGAUGAUCGUGACAUAGAUGACGAUGAUAUGGACUGUCGGCAGGAUGAAGAGUGUUCGCCUGAGGAUGAACAAGACAUUUUGGAAAUGCAGCGCGAAGAACGCGAAACUCUCAACCAACUUGCCAGACAGUUGGCGUCUGGCUCGCGAUUGAUAACUCCCAUGCUCCAACAUCUCGUGUACCAACACCCCGGCUUGUCAGUACAGCCGUCUCCAUUGCAACACCAGCAACAACAGUCGUCCGGUGUGGCCGUGUCGCUGACGUCUGCCCACAGGCAACCGACCGCGGCUGAUCUGUCACCGAAGUCCAGCCACUCGGGUGACACGCCGAUGUCUGGCGGUCAUUCACUGGCCGAAGUCCAUUCACCGUCGAUGAGCCGGAAUAACGAAGCUCAAUCCUGGACGUUCGAAGAACAGUUUCGACAGUUGUAUUCUGCAGGCAAUGAAGCCGACCGACGGACCUUUUUGGACUCCCUGUUCAGUUUUAUGCAAGAACAAGGAACGCCAAUCAGCCGUCUACCUAUCAUGGCCAAACGUGUGUUAGAUCUCUACACUCUUUACAAGUUGGUCGUCCAGAGAGGUGGCAUCGUUGCGGUUAUCACCAAGAAGUUGUGGCAGGAGAUAAUCCGUGGCCUGGGCUUACCUCCAUCCAUAACGAGUGCCGCGUUCACAUUACGCACACAGUACGUCAAGUACUUGUACGCGUACGAGUCGAGGAUGAACCAGUUCAGCACGCUGGACGAACUGAACAUGGCGAUAGCGGGCAACAGGCGCGAGGGCCGGCGCAACAAGUCGCUGAUGUACUCGGACAUGCCGCCGCCGCUGGCCGGCCACCAGCACCACCAUCACCACGGCGUGCACGGGAAUCCGCACUCGAUGGUGCACGGUGCCGGUGGCACGGGGGGCGCGUCGCAGCCGCCUUCGCACCACCAUCACCAUUACGUGCUGGCUGCCGAAGACCGGUUCCGGCAGAUGGCCGCCGCCAUCAUCGACAAUCAUCAUCAUGCGGCCGCAGCGGCCGCAGCGGCUGCGGCCGUCGGCGUCGACCACUCCCGACUGCAGCAAUCGUGCAGCCCUCCACAGCAGCAGCAACAGCAACAGCAACACCCGCAGCAGCAACAGCAACCACCCGAGAGCGCCAAGACGGCCUCGGCCGCGUUGCAGCAGACGCCCCGCAGUUCACCGGCCGCCGGUUUGCCACCUCCUCCAUCGACGGUACCGCCACCACCGCCUCCGUCGACAUCGUCUUCGUCGUCGCUGUUCAACGGCCACCAACCGUCGCCGUACCAACACGUCCAGCAGCAGCAGCAGCAGCACCAGCAGCAUACCAACGUCAUACAAACCGCGCAGGAGCAGACCAACAAACAGAGAGAACUUCUCAGUAUGCUGAUGUGGAUGGACAUUGUCAGAGCGAACCAAAACACGAUGCCAAGACUGCCCAUUCCAAGCUUACCGUCGAGCCCAUCGGCGGCCGCAGCGGCCGCGGCCGCGUACACGGCGGCCGCGGCGCUCAACCUGUCGCCCGUGUACAAGGGAUCGAUGGUGAACGCGGCGGCGGCGGCGGAUGUGCCGGAGCAGAGCGAGGCAUUGAACCUGGGCAAGAAGAGGACGUGCAACAACAACGGCAGCGAGGAUGAGCGCGAACGCGGCGACGAGGCGUCUAAGCGCAUCAAAAUGGAGCCCCGACCGUCGCCGCCGCUCGGCUACUCCAGCGGCGAUGAGGCAAAGGCCAGCGACGCGGACAGCCCGCCGCCGACCGCGGCCGAUGUCGUGCGGUACGCGUUGGACGCGAGGCGCGAGUCGCCACCCGUGGACGAGGACGUCGUCGAAAUGGAUAUCAACACGUCGUCCACGGCCGGUGCAUCUGGCAACAAUGGUCUUGCGAUUUGUGUUACACGCAGGACAAAAACCGGUGUCUACAGAGGUCAACUCACUAAAACCAAUGCACUCGUCAACGGAGGACUGAACAACAACGCGAAUCCGUUUGUUUUACACCUGAACGGUGACCUGUACACUGGGCACUUGCAGUUGCAACAGCAGCAGCAGACGGCGAGCAAUUAACGCGGUUUUCAACGAAGUCAACAAUUCGUGAAAAACCAUUUUCGAAAAUGUUAUUAUAUUAUUUUACGUGAAAACUGUACGACUCACGCUAUCGCGAAAUAAAUAAUAUCCUAGGCAAUAUGGCGAUGGCAAGUACGAACAGUCUUCUCGGGUCUACCACGUUAAAUCAUAUAUAUCCCUUUUAUGUAUAUAAUAUGUUGGGUUCGCACUCAACACGAGCAAGGAAUACGCGUUUUGUAUUUUUUUUUUGUGCUUGUUUUUAUUUUAUCCUGAUUUCGAACUUUUACCGAAAUCUCAUCGACGGUAUAACGAUUCCACGAACUCGUUUUUAUCGCUGACGUGGCAAAACCGCCUCGUGAGCAUAGCCUAAAUCGCUUAUGACAAUCGUGUUUCGCACGCGCUCGUGAACUUUUAUCUUUUAACGUUGUCACGUUAUUUAAUGUAAUAAUUAAAUUUUUCAUUUUUUGUACGAUCUGUCACUGGUCAAAGAUAAAACAUUUCCCUGCUUACUCUCGUUUUCAAUGUAAUGUAGUCACCGAACGUUCUGUCAUCGAGGAAUUAUCGUCAUGAAAUAUAAUCAUAACGCAGUAACCUAAACGAUAGCAAUGUAUAGACAUGACCAUAGAGUUAUCAAAAAUCUUUGGGCCAAAUGUGUUUGAAUAAUUUGUAUGUGAUUAAUCUUCUUUUGAGUUUAAACACCUGUACAUGGACGAAUUGUCAAUGUAUUUUUGGUAUACGUGGUUCAAUCUCGGAUUUUACGUCUUGUAAAAUUCUUGUAUGAUAUUAAAAUACACACCCACGCAUAAAAUCCGGUACGUUUCGAAAAUCUCGUGGCUACUUUUUGUACAAAAAAAAAAUUCGAAUUGUAAAACUUUUUUCUCUUUUCUUUCCAGACGACUCGGGUCGAAUGUUUGUCAGCUGAAUGUUUGUGACAGCACUAUAAGACCCAAAAAAAACAUUAUACGGAAUUGUAAAAUAAGGUUUGUUUGCGCAGUAAAAAAAAAAAAAAAAAAAAAAAUAAAUAAAAAAUAAUAAUAAUAAUAAGUAAAAAAUA